UUCUGUAACCGACGGUUCGACUCCAUCGAGAAGGUGAAGAACCACUACCUCUUGAGACACAAUAAGGACCAGUCGAUUGUGAAGCGUUUUUCGGGCGCCGGCGGCGGUGCUGGCGGUCAGCGAACCAUCAAAACCGAGUCCACAGCCGAUGAGAGCAAUGGCGAAGAGGAGGAGAACAAUGACAUCGAAGACUCGCCGCAGAACUCGCCGAAGAAGCGUAAAGUGAAGAGGAAGGGCGCGAACGCCGGCAAAGGCAAAGCCGUUCACAAUCUGAGAGUUGUGUCCAAUAUUACGGCCGCAGACGACGCCCUUCUCAAGAAGAAAAGGGGCCGAAAGCCGACGGGAGUGACGCGGAAGUACCCGUGCGAUUGGCCCUCUUGUAAUUACGUGGCCCGACAUUCGGUUCACCUUAAAGACCAUAAGCGGACGCAUACGGGAGAAAAGCCCUAUCGAUGCAAUUGGCCCGACUGUGGCCACAGUUUUGUUCAGGGAUCAGCUCUUAAAACUCAUAUCAGGACUCAUACCGGAGAGAAGCCCUACCCAUGCGAAUGGCCCGGAUAUGAGCACAAGAGAGUGCACGCGGGCGAAAAGUUCUUCAUAUGCGAUUGGCCCGGCUGUACGCGUAGUUAUACACAGAACUCACACCUCCGGCGCCAUAAACUGGUGCACACGGAGGAGAAGCCGUUUGCGUGCGAUUGGCCCAACUGUAACUACCGGUCGGUGCGCUCGUGCGAUGUCGCCAACCAUAGGGUCACACAUACGGGUGAGAAGCGCUUUGUGUGCGAAGUGAUCGGUUGCGAGAAGGCGUUCACACGCGGACACCAUUUGCGCCGACAUAUGCUCACCACUCACUCCAUGGAGACGUACGACGAGAUUGUCGACAAUCCCGAUGCCGACGAAGAGGAGGUGAUUGCAGCCACCGAUGAGAUCAUCGAAGAAGAUCUUCCGCCCGAAGAGGAACAGUAGUGGCGGUGAUUCGGCGGACAAUAGCAGUGAUGGCUAUUAUUGUGAGCGCUUUCGAGUGAAUCCUACGAUUAAUUUAAACAAAUAAUUAUAUAUUUUCUUCAUUUAAGUUCUCUUUACGAUAAUAAUUAUUUCAAAGCUAUUAUACAAUCGAGUCUUCGAUAUCAAUAUUCAUUACAUUUUAGUUUUAAUUAUAAAAAUCAUUUACUUUUUUGUGUCAAUAUUCAUAUGAAAAUUAGAUAUACUUCGCAAC